CAGUCAGAGUCUGGGCUAGCCCAACGGCACGCCAAUGGAGACAAGUGGAGGAAAGGAAAAGAUAAAGUGGACAACCACCAUUAUUAUCAGCUCAUCUCUUAAGAGUUAUGAAAUUGCAACUGCCCUAGGAAAUCGAAGCCACAAGGUUCGGUACUCAGAUACAUUGGAAAGAGGAUCGAUUGUCUUCUCUCUGUCUGGAGUUGCAUUUUUAUUGGCGGAUGCUAAGGAAUGUGCAUCAACGGAGGAAAUAUUUCUAACCAAAAUUGAGACGUUUAUUAACAUUCACCAGAAUAGUUUUUUGGUUCUGUUUGCCCCACUGCAUGGGCCUGAAGAAUGGAAUCUCAUGUUUAGGAUUCAUCAGAGGUUUUUGGGCAGUAACUUACGAAUACUUCCUGUACACAACACAGCAAAUGCUGCUGACCUCAUGUGCACUAUAGCUAAGACUACCUCCAAGCCAGCCUUAGACAGCAUCUGCUAUAGAAUGGUGACAACCAAAGCUUACAUCAUAGAGCAAAGCCCUGUUUGGAGAACACUCCAAAAGAUAAAACUGAGUACUGAUUCAGUUAGUCCAAAUUCAGAGUUUUGAUUAUAAGUGUUCAUUUAGAAAAAUAUAAAAAUAAACUUAUUAAAUUAUGAUGUCCAAAUGUCUAUU